CUACGGACACGUCCUGCCACUCUGCACGCCCUCCUGCGGACCUGUGCGCAGCUCGAACGUUCUACCGGAACGAGCCAUGGGGCAUCCUGGCUAUAGCCUCGACGCCGGCAUACGCCUCCUGCACCUCUUCCCCGACUCCACAUCUCUCGGCACGACGCCCCCACCAACGCGAUGUCGCGCAUCCGUCUCGACUCGAUCUCCUCGCUCAUUUUCUACAAGGACACGCUAACAGCCUCGCGCCGCGCGCCGGCUGUUCAGCAGCUCAAAUGUCUCGGCGAGCCCUGCCAGCUCUAUAGGCCCGACGUUGUGCGCUGCGUCAGUUUAGGCGGGUCCGACACUGACGUAUCGUGGAAGUGCGAUGCAGAUUUACCUGAGGCUCUCCGGUUCGGCGCCGUAGAGGUCCUCUGUGAGGGAUGGGAAGGUCCUAGCGACCCCUACAUCCUUAAGGGCUCAUGCGGGCUGGAAUACCGCCUCGUCCAGAUCCCUGACGCCCUCCGCCGGCCAGGCGCGGACGACCCCGCAUACCGCGGCCGUCUCUCCAGCUGGCUAUACGACCCCGCAGCAGCAUUCUUCAUGCUCCUCUGGAUCGCCGUCCUCGCCUUCAUCCUCUACAACUUCCUCGCCUCCUACCUCCGCCCCGGGACACCCGCGCCCCUCGGCGGCGGCCCCUCCCGCCGCCCAUGGUGGGGUCCCGGCUCUGGCUCUGGCCCGGGCGGGUUCUUCGACGCCCGCCCGGACGACUUCGACGACGCGCCCCCGCCGUACACUACGACCAAGCGGUCCUCCGGGGGCGGCUGGCGCCCGGGCUUCUGGUCUGGGGCGGCGCUUGGCGGGCUGGGGGCGUUCUUGGCGAACCGCCCUGCCCGCCCAAGAGCGCCGACGAGCAUGUACGAUUGGGAGGGCGACCGCGCGUUCCAGCAGACGAGGCCGGCGCCGGCGAGUUCGUCGGGGGGUUCGUGGGGCGCUGGCGCGGGUGCGCCCCGUAGGCGUGGGGGCUGGGAUGAGGGGGACCGGGGAGAGGGGUCGUCUAAUUUGGGGAGUAUGAGGACCAGUACGGGGAUGGGGAGCUCUAGGGUGCGGUGAGGCGCCUUGGAGGGUGGUUCUGGUGAUAUUUCCUGUGUAGGUUCGAAGAUUCUACAAGCGCUUGGGCGUUGGGAUUGACCGAUC